AUGGGCGACGACGUCAAGUCGCGGGGGGAAACGGGCGUGCGGGAGGAGUCGGAGAGGCGGGCGGUGGCUUCAUGCGGCGCGGCUGGGGCCGCGCAGGCGAGGAGGCGCCUGGCGCCGGCGCUGACGACGGGCGGCGUCGGGCUUGGCGAGGCGCCGGCGGGGGAUUGGUGGAGCGAGGCGGCGGCGAUGGCGUUCCGGCGACGGAGUGGUGGGGCGGGGCAGCCCGGCGACGGCGGGGAGGCGUCGGGCCCCGGCGUCGGGCUCGGGGGCAACGGGAUCGGGGCGGCGAUGCCGAGGUCGGGGGCGCGCGACGAGGUGGCGGUGACGACGGGCGACGACGCAGUCGUGGCGGCGCGGGGCUCCGGCGAUGUGGCCCUCCAGGCGGCGUCAGGGGCGAUGGGCGACGGCGUCAAGUCGCGGGGGGAAACGGGCGUGCGGGAGGAGUCGGAGAGGCGUGCGGUGGCUUCGUGCGGCGCGGUUGGGGCCACGCAGGCGAGGAGGCGCCUGGCGCCGGCGCUGACGACGGGCGGCGUCGGGCUUGGCGAGGCACCGACGGGGGAUUGGUGGAGCGAGGCGGCGGCGAUGGCGUUCCGGCGACGAAGUGGUGGGGCGGGGCAGCCCGGCGACGGCGGGGCGGCGUCGGGCCCCGGCGUCGGGCUCGGGGGCAACGGGAUCGGGGCGGCGAUGCGUUGGGGCNGGGGGAAGGAGAGUGGGGAUCGUGGGGAAUGGGGGUUAGGGUUUCGGGUGUGA